GUUUUUUGUUUUUUAAUUAGGAGGACUGGGAUGUUAAAACAAAUUAGCAUGAUCAUACUAGUCUACAAUCGGGAGAUUACUAUUCAAACGUAGCAGGGAAUGCGAUGGUUCCCGCGGGAAUUCCCUGUUUUUCCUGAGUAUGUUGCACAAUUAGAGGGCGUCGGACGGUGAGGAAAUAGGGAAAUUUGAAAGCGGUGGAACAUGCUCUGCAACUUUGAAAAAUGCCAGAUGGCCUUGGCUGCUAGUGCAGUCGUUACACCACCUCCACCUCUUCAAACAAUGCGGAGCGGACGAAGCACAAAGCAGCCAGGUCAUCGUCUGUUCUCUCCUUCCGGCACGGGGUCUUCCGCACGAGUUCGUCUUGUGAAAGAAAGACCAUUGCUUUCAUAUCCUGGUUUUGUUACUGCAAAGAUGACUGUGAGAGGCUCAAGAUACAAAAUGCCAGCAAGGAGUUAACUUGAGCCUUGUGCAUCGUUGUGUGAAAUUUUAGUAUGUUAUUUCCUGCUCCUUUGCAUGGAUGUUUAAAAAAAAAAUGAAAAACCCUAAUUAGACACGUGGAUGAACACCAAAAUUAUUGAGGCAGUUUUAUCUCUGAUGACUGUGAGGUUUUUUAUUUUGUCUUUGAAGAUAACCUGAUUUUUCUCUCCUCUGUUGAAAAUUUACAUUCAAUAAAUCAUCUUGUUGCAGAGCCCAGAUAAUCAAAAGCUAGGCUGCUGGGUUUAUGUUGUGAUUAGUUUUUUUCCUUUAACUUUUACGCCUGUGAUUACUGUAUCUGUGAUGUUAAAAAAGUGGUCGUCAGAUGGAAGAGUGGAGCAUGAUGCCCUUUAUCUUUUAUGGUGGAGUGGAUCUGGCUAAGAUGUACAGACACGGAAUGUAUCAGGCUUGCCCGGCCCUGUGACAUUCCUGCUAUCCAAAUACCGGCACGCGGCUUUGGGAUGCAGAGUUACAAACUGUUUCACUUUAUGCUAAAAAAUCACUUCCCCUCUUACUCAUUCCCCAUGCAGUACCCAAUGUGCACUGCUGGUUUUCCUUUUGGUUAGAGAAUCAUUCCUGGUUCGCUGCAGUCAUACAGAAGACCCUUGGUCAUUUUCUUUGGUUUUCCCACGCCCAUAAAAUUAGGAAGUAGCCCCCCCCCGCCCAGUGAUUUGAGAUCCUGGUAUUUGUCCGACAGAGAAUGAGUUGAUGUAAUCACUGGAAAAUCCUGGAUGGAAACCAGUGUGUACUGGAUCUGGAUCAGGGAUUUGGCAAUGGUCAGAUGCCAGUUUUCUAGUGUCCUUGUGAACAGAUUUCAAUGCAGUUCUCUCCCACAGAGCUGCCCUUGUAAAAAUGCCCCUCGUUAAGAAUGAACACAAGAGAAGUGCUGUGGGAGACACAUGCUUCAUGUCAUGUCGGUUUCCAGUUUCAAAACCAGAAGGCUGGCAGUUUUAAAGGAAUUAAAGUGAUGACCAGGUGCCAAGUGCCAGCUUUCCUUAUUCAUCAGAUUCAAGAAGAAUUGGAUAAAGAAGAAGAAGAGAUGAUGGUUUUCCUGUGCCGAGACCUUGCUCCUGAUUUGGCCACUGCUGAUCUCAAAGAGAUCUUGAUGGCUUUGAAUGAGAGAGAGAAACUGACUCCUGUUGGCUUGUCUGAGCUGUUGUACAGAGUUAAGAGGUUUGACUUGCUGAGGAGGAUCCUGAACACCGAGAAAGAGGCAGUGGAAGCUUACCUUGACAGGAGUCUCAGACUUAUCCCUGAUUACAGGGUACUAAUGGUAGAGAUAAAUGAAAAUCUGGAAAAAGACGAAGUGGAUUCUCUUGGUUUUCUACUUAGAGAUUAUUCCCCUCGUAUGAAAAUGGCAAAAGAUAAGAGUUUUCUAGCUCUUAUCAUUGACCUGGAGAAGCUAAAUUUGGUGGCUCCUAAUCAACUGGAUUUGAUAGAAAACUGUUUUCGAAGUAUUCACAGGAUGGACUUGAUUAGGAAGAUUCAGAAGUACAAACAUGAAGCUUCAGUAUGCUCCGUUCAUUCUCAGCCAGUAUAUGUAAAUGCUCAUCAGGCCUCUCUCCCUAAUCUCAGUCUGAUUGAUCCUCCUUAUCAUUCAGGGAUUCGGAAUGAGAACACGAGAAGAUUACAAAAUGGAUCAUUUCAUACUCUGGCAGAACCAGUUCACAUGUCCAUUCAGGAGUCAGGAUCAGUGCCACAUAAGAUGUCUGAUGACUCUUACAGAAUGCGAAGCCAACCUUUAGGAAUGUGCCUGAUAAUAGAUUGUAUUGGCAAUGACACUGAUGUGUUGGAAGAGACCUUCAGAGGCUUAGGCUACGACGUUCAUUGUCACAAAUACUUAAAUAUGAACUCCAUGAAUCAAACAUUGCUUGAAGUUGCAAGGUGGCAGAAGCACAGAAAUUGUGACAGCUUCGUUUGCAUAUUGGUCAGCCGUGGAAACUCUCAGAGCAUCUUCUGUACAGACCACACCUUCUCUGGAUUCCCUUUGGAACAAAUAAAGAAAUACUUUACAGCAGACACAUGUCCUGGACUCCUAGGAAAACCGAAGCUUUUUUUUGUUCAGAGCUAUGUUGUGCCAGAAAAUGAGCAAGAAUGUACCAGUCUGUUGGAAAUCGAUGGGAAUGGUGAGAAUAGCAGUGCUAAAGUCACUAUCCCCCAUGCAGCAGACAUCUUUUGGAGUCAUUGCAAGGUGGAUGUGUCUACACUAGAACAGUCCCCAACUUCAUCCUCAUAUUAUCUGCGUUGUCUGGCUGAACUGCUCCGUAAUCCUAAUAAAAGGAAACUCUGUGUAUUGUCUAUUCAUAUGGAAUUGAACAAAAAAGUUUAUGAUUGGAAUACGACUGCUGACCCAAGCCAGCAAUACUCACUGCUGCUCCAGCACACGCUGAGGAAGAAACUUUGUUUUCCCACUUAACUGCUCUUCGAAAGUACAUAUCUGAAAGAGCUAACAAGAAGCAUUUGCUAUCAUGCAGUUUAAUGCAUACUUUUACGUCGUGCAUUGUUAUUUCAUAUAACAUAUCUAAAGUGCUUCCAAACACAGGAUUUUACAAGCAUUUUAGUGUGCUAAGACACUAGAUUUUAUGUUUUAUAUUUUAAUAUAAUAAUCUCUGAAAGCUUGGAUGAGAAUGGUAGCUAUUGUAUAGCAGUGCAACAUAUCUUGCUAAGUAUAAUGGGUAAACAGACGACUAAAGUUGGAAAGACAUCUGAACUGUGCAGCUGUUGGGUUUUCCAAGAAAAAAACAGAAGUGUUGUUAUUGUUACAUGUUUCAUUGGUGGUUUUUAACAUACCACCUAGCAUACUUAAACAAAUACAAGCCAGCCCAAGCCACUGAAACGCACAGAUUACUUUUCCCUGCACCUUAUAGUGGCAAAUGUCUCAGGAAAGCUUUCCUACCCAGUAAUGCCAGACCUUUGCUAGCAAGUUCUGGCUUGCAAGCUUCAGCAAACAGAAGGAAAAGAGACGCAGUCUUUUCAAUAGUCCGGAUUCCAUCUGUUUGCAUUAGAGAUUGCAUCUUUAGAACUGUCCACAGCACACAGGGGUCCUGUGUUAAUAAAUGAGACAGUUUGCCAUGCUUUGGCCUAAGUAUGUUUUCUGCUGAUGAGAAACAUAUUUCUCAAAAAUGAGUCUACAUGUGACAGAACAUUACAGUAAUCUGCCACACAGUUUAGAAAAUGUGGUAUUUUGGAAGAUGUCUCAUGCAAGCUGAAAUAUGGUUCAUAUUCGUUGCACCAGGCAUAGUUGUAAAAAGAUACUUUAAAAUAUUUGAACUUAAAUGUAGUAGGUAGUAGCCGUGGGUGUUUAAGACUGGAUUAUGUUAAACACCCCACCCUCACUGCUUUUGCUUUAUGAAAAAAAAUGCCUCUAUUAAUUCAUUUUUUUCCAAAGUGCUCUUGUUCUUAUGAAAAAAGUAAAGAGAAAAUUGUCCUAAACAGAAAUUUUUUUCUCCAAUGUAGCUGUUGUUUAACAUGAAAAUUUUAGUUAACCUACUUGUAUAACAGUGUAACCUGGAUGGGUUAUAUUGAAGUUUACUGUCACUGAACUUAGUGAAAAUAAAGUAGGCCACUUGUAAAUAUUUAAUUUUUACAUCUAAUAUAGUUCCUAUAAAAUUCAAGGCCCUGGUGUGCCUUUCUUGGUUUCUGGUUAAGUUUUUUAAUGGAAAAAGAGAAUGAUACAAAAUGACAGAUAUGGAAUCUUAGAAGUUACUUCCUGUGGUGGCUGGUAAAUGAAUGAAUGGUGAAACAAAUGUUUCCUGUGGUUGUAGAGACAAGAUGUCAUUUCAAGUUAUAUAUAUAUAUAUAUCUAAGUAAUGUUAAUGAAAAUUAUCGUCUUCACAGAGUAACUUCACUUUCCCAUUUCCCUUAUUAGCUUUUGCAUUUGAUAAGCACUUCUGCUACUCUACAGACAACCAAAAGCAGGGAGAAUGGAACCAAGAGAAGUCAGAUGAGGAAAAGAAAUGUGGAAAUUUUAAGCAGGACCAAGAAGGGGGUGGUAGGGAGCAUGAAGAGAACAAGUGGGGGAAAGACGAUUUGGAGGAGAAAUACAGUAUCAAUACUGGAAGAAGAAAACAGGAAAAAGGAAGUGAGAAUAAUAGUGGCCAUCCUUGCAGACUCUAAUGAUGUGGUGAGUUGGUUGAUGUUUUGUGGAUUGGUUGGUUGGGGGGUUUUGAGUGAUGCUAAAUGCAAUUAUUUACUUAAAAUAUUAGCAGGGGAAUAUAUUCUGCUUUUACAUUUUGGCAACAGUUUGGUUUGGGGGUUAAGAAGUAUAUAUAUUCUUUGCCUUACUGCAAGACACAGUAAGUAAAGUCCAUGUCCCUUUCAAGAAGAAAUGAUGCAGACAUGCUGGUUUGAACACUAGAGGUAAUGAACCCUUUCAGUGGAAAAGGAAGGGACUCUCUUUGUGUAUGGUUGCUUGGCUGGAAGUGGUUAUAACCCUCUAGAGAGUUGUGGGGAGAGGCAUGUAUUGUGCAGCAUUUGUGGGUGUCAGAUACUGAUUUUUUACAGAUCCUCAGUAGAUUCUUAAACCGUAGCCAUACACAUGAUCUGUAAUCAUACAUCUAAGCAGUAUUUAUUGUCUUGACACCUCUUUUGAGAGUGGUAUUCAGGUAGGCUAUUCCCUGUGCCUGCUGCAUAGUGAGUAUUUAUGCAGGACUUUUGUGAAGGCAGUUGUCUGUCACUUGUCCCAUAGCUUACAGAAUCAUAGACUGCAGAAUAUGCUGACUUAGAAGGGAUCCAUCAGGAUCAAGUCCAACUCCUGGCACUGCACAGGACACCCCAAGAAUCCCACCAUGUGCCUGAGAGUGUUGUCCAAAAGCUUCUUGAGCUCUGUCAGGGUUGGUGCUGUGACCAUUUCCCUGGGGAGCCUGUUCCAGUGCCCAGCCACCCUCUGGAUGAAGAACCUCUUCCUAAAAUCUAUCCUAACCCUCCCUUGACACAGUUUCAUUUCUCAAGUUCUGUCAGUGGUCACCAGAGAAAAACGGUUGAUACCUCUGUGAUACCUUGAGUUUUAGCGUUCGUAUUUUCCAGAUUCUGUACUGCAUUACUAUAUAACUCUGUACUUCACAGAAAGUGUUAGCAAGUCCUCUUCACAGCUUAGUUAGACAAAACAAUCCUUUCCCAAUCGGAGAACCAAAGACAUCGUUACAGCUUCAGGCCCAAAACUAUAAAUAACAGUGAAUUGAGGAGAGCAGACUGGGAGCAUGGGACUUGAUAACCUGAAGCUGUAAUUGGACAAUUAACCCCAAUGUGUAAAUGGACCAAAACUUACGAAAGUGUGAGAACAUGUGACCCAUCAUCCAUCUUGGGUGUAGCCUCGGGCAGGCUCUUGUACUGCCCAAAGUGUAUCCUUUGAAGGACUUUUUAAUAAAUACCUACUUUAUUCCUUCAACACUGUCUAGCCUCUGUUCCAGGUAGCCUCUCAGGGCAUCACCUGCCCCUCUGCUUCCCCUCGUGAGGAUGUUGAAGUCUGCAAUGAGGUCUCCUCUCAGUCUCCUCCAGGCUGAACAAACCAAGUGACCUCAGCCCCUCCUCACAAGGGCCUCCCCUCCAAAACCCUCAGCAGGUUCCUGUGUCCCUCCAUACAAGUGAUGGGGACUGUCUCUUGCUGUAGUGCACAUGUAAAAUUUGAGUCUAGAAAUGGAUGGAGAGUGUGGACUGCAUCAAGUUGUCGCUGUAUUGCAGAUAGUGAAAUGAUUUCAGAUUAAAUGAUCCUUUAGCCAGAAGAAAAGGGGGGAGAGAAUUUUGGAUCCAUCAUGAGUUUAGGGUGUUAGCACAGGAACAUAAAGAGUGACACACUAGUAAAUUUUCAUUGUCUUGGACUGCCAAAAUGUUUAGUUUUCAGAACUCACUAUUAAAGGAGAUAAAACAAGUCAUGCUACUUCUGCAUUGUCAGAGCUUGGAAUAAGGCUGUCAGAGUCACUGCUCUGGCACUUAAUUACAGUUUUUGUUUCUGAUAUCUGGAAAAAAACUUUCUUAUAGUUCUGUAUGUGCUCUAUAUAUGGAAGAGGGAAAAGGGAAUUGGCAGAAUAGGUGGCUUGGAAGGUGUACUCAUGAGGCAAGAGACUCAGUGGUGUUUUGUACCAGACUUGCAUGGUUUUUCUCAGCCACCUACACUGAUGUGGCUGAGCCAUAAAUUGAGUUGACUUUGCACUGGUAUAUUUCUGUAUUACAGUGGUUGCCAACUCAUUAUCCAAAAAAUAAGUUAUAUUCAAGAGGAAGUUACUGUGCACUUAUAGGUGGAGCAUGUUGUAUGGCUGAUCUCCCCUUUCAACUCUGCAUAAGUAACUGUGGUUGCUAUUACAGAUAUCUCAGUUAGAGAAGCUUUUUGUGGGAGUUUCUGAGAAUUCUUCUCUGUUCUCCAGAAUUUUAAGUUUCUGACAUGCAGAACAGUGUUGCUGAGAAGAGGCUGCUAUUUGUGUGGAUGAUCUAUGUUCCAUUUAAAUUAAAUCUCCUGUACUGAAUUAUUUGACAGCUUUUCUGUGGCUGGUUUAAAGAAUGUCUAUUUUUCAGCUUCUGUACUAGAAACAAUAAGACACUAUAAAUCGGAUACAAGUGCUGGGUUUCAAGGUGAUACUCUGAAUAAAAUUUCAAUAUGAAGUCA